AUAAAAACAAACAUACAAAACCCCCCACCCACAUUCAAUUAACAGCCAGUAACAGGGGACCCUAAAGAAACAUGUAACACCAAAGGGUUUAUGGGAAAGGUCCCUUGUAACCCCUUGUAACCAAGUUUAGAAUGUAGGUACGUCUUCCUGUGACCUUGAGGGAGAACAUCAGGACUUGAGGCAUCAGGCCAAACUCCUCAUCCGGUCACGGUGAGGAGGGUUGGUGCUAACUGCCUGAAGACCACGCCAGGACUGCUUUUCCAUCUGCUGCCUGACCUCCUCCCUCCCUCGCGCACAGCUUUCCAAGCCUCUGACCCACGUCCCACCUAUACUGCAGGAUGCAGCUGCCUGCGGAGGCACACGACAUUCACCAGCUUCCAAACAGAAGGCCAAGGGCUCUCCUUGAUUAGCAUCUUGUUCCUUUUCAUCCUUUCCUGCAUUUUCCUGGUUGACAUUUUGUACUGCCUGUUCCUCUUCGGACACCAUUGCUCCUGGGCCUCUCCUUGUGGGCUCUUCUUCCUCUUUGUAGCAGAGAGAAUGAACCCCCAAGACGCUUCCACCUGCACAUCUCCCCCCUCUGUCUCCGUUUGGGGAUCACCCCUAGCCCGCAGACCCUUGGGGCUACCGGGAGCAGGUACUGAGAAGGGGUGGGAGCAAGCCAGGGCUGGGUUUCUGUUUUCUUUUUUUGUUCACUUUCGUUUUGCUUUUUAAAAAAGAUUUCAUUUCUUUAUUUGAGACAGAGAAAGAACACAAGAUCGGUGGAAGAGCCAGAGGGAGAUGGAGACGGACAGGCAGACUCCCCACUGAGCAGGGAGCCCAGCCUUUGGGCUUGAUCCCAGGACCCCGAAAUCAUGACCUGAGCUAAAGUCAGAUGAUUAACCAACUGAGCCACCCAGGCGCCCUUUGUUUUGUUUUUAAUGGGAGGAAUAACAACGAAGGAGAAUGAUCUGGCAAAGAGGAGGAAGUGGGUGGUGCAGGAGAAAGAAAUUGCUGGAAGGAUAUGCCUUAAGUGGACAAGAUGAAGGGCAUAAGUAGCGGGUUGACCUUGGCUGGCAGCAGGGACAGACAGUCCAGUGUCAUAGACAGAAGGCAAGUGGUCAGCUGGGGGUACUGGGGAGGUGCAUAGAGAAGGACUGGUGGUCAUCCAGGAGGGUGGGAGAGAAAAUUGAUAGUGGCAUCACAGGUGGCCCAAGAGCCCCCCUGAGAAUCGUGGUCAUGGUGUGGCUGUGAGCUUUCUCUUGCAACAUGUUCAGCUGUUCGGGGCAGCACAGAGAAGAUGGGGGUGUAGCAUCUGAGCUGAGCCAGGAGAGAAAAGUCUGGGGGAAGCAUAUUUUAGGCAGUGGGAACAGCAACUGCAAAUGUCCCGCAGUGGGGGACAGCUUGGUGUCCAGAGGAAGAGAAAGAAGCUGAUGCGGUUCAAUCAUGGCCUGGGCAUGUGCUUCAGCUUCCAGUCGAGCAUCACCGUGCUGGGCUUCUACUUCCACCACCACCGGGCUCUGGCCAACGCUCUCGCUUCGGUGGGCGUGUCCCUGGGCAUCACGCUCUGGCCACUGCUCUCCCGCUACCUCCUGGAGGACCUGGGCUGGAGGGGCACCUUCCUUGUCUUCGGCGGCGUUCUUCUCCACUGCUGCGUCUGUGGGGCCAUCCUGAGGCCCGUGGCCACCAGCGUGGCCCCUGAGACCACAGAAGAGGCGCCGCCCCCACCUUCCAAGGCUCCUGCUCCCGGCUGCCUGGCGGCGUGUGGUCGGGCCAUCCAGCGCCACCUGGCCUUUGAUAUCCUGCGGCACAACGCGGGCUACCGAGUGUACACGCUGGGCGUUAUGUGGAUGAUCCUGGGCUUCCCGCUGCCGCACGUCUUCCUGGUGCCCUACGCCAUGUGGCACGGGGUGGACGAACACAGGGCGGCCCUGCUGAUCUCCAUCAUUGGCUUUAGCAACAUCUUCCUGCGGCCCAUGGCCGGGCUGGUGGCGGGCCGGCGCGACUUCGCGGGCCACCGGAAGUACCUGUUCAGCCUGGCAGCCCUGCUCAAUGGCCUCACCAACCUGGUGUGCGCCGCGUCGGCCGACUUCCGGGUGUUGGUGGGCUACUGCUUGCUGUACAGCGUGUCCAUGAGCGGCGUCGGAGCCCUCAUCUUCCAGGUCCUCAUGGACAUCGUCCCCAUGGAUCGGUUCUCUAGCGCCCUGGGCCUCUUCACGGUCCUGGAGAGCGUCUCCAUCCUCAUCUCCCCGCCCCUGGCUGGGCUCCUCCUGGACACCACCAACAACAACUUUAGCUACGUUUUCUACAUGUCAAGCUUCUUCCUUAUAUCAGCUGCCCUCUUCAUGGGUGGCAGCUUCUGUGCCCUGCAGAAGAAGGAGAGGCCAGGCAAGCCGGCCGAGGCAGAAGGAGCCAUCACGGAGGUGCCCUCAGAGCAGGGCCUCAUGGUGGAGGACUCACGUGGUUCCAAGAAGCAGCUGUACACAGAGGUCAUGUAUGUGACCAGCGUCUGAGCCCUGAGGUCCAUGAGUGACCACUGCCGCAGCCCAGGAAUGUGAUGUCCAGCUGCCAGGGGCUGGGGUGAGGGGCUGCCCAGGAAGCCCAAAGCCAGAAGCCUCCCUAGGCUCUGCACACUGGGACUCAGCCAGGAGCUGGGACCUUGGAGGCUGGCCUCCAGUAACUCAGAGCUCCUUCCAACCAGCAGAUCCAGGAGCAGGUCCUCCUGACUUUUUCUCUGGGGCACCAGCAUACCUGGAGCCUAGGAAAGUGAGUCUAAACCCUGCUUGGGUCUGUCACAGCCGGCUCAGCCCAGUGGGCUGCCCAGUACUGUUGCUGCCACCUGACACACUGGACCCUCCAGUCUAGCCUGGAUGUCUCCGAUGUGAUCUCUUUGUCCUUCUUCGGCCUCCAGACAGUUCCAGAGAGUUUACCCCUCCUCCAAGGCUCUCUGCCCCUUUUCUUCCCAAGGGCCCGGGCACAGGUUGUUGGGCCUCAUGCUGACUGGAACCUUGGGAAGAAGAACCCCCUGAAAGAAUGAGCUGGGACCGGCAGUGGUGGACAGCCAGGCUGAGGGGUUAGCAUGGACACAGGACACGGACAGAUUAACGGUUGGGGAGAGGACCCAACCUGGUGUCUGGGCGAAGGACUGGAGGGCAGCCCUUGGCGUGGGUCCUAGAAUCACUGAAGUCUGAGGGGUCCCCUGCACUCAGCAGUGCCUGCUGUAAGGUCUCCCUCCCUCCUGUGCCCCUGCCUUGUAUCUUGGUCAUAAAGCUGCGUGGUGGCGUGGGGAAAAGCCUGACAUUUGAGUGAGCAGGGGAGCAGAAGGUUUGCUAGGCAGGGCAGGAGACCUCUGGGAAAAUGGAGCUGUUUUGCAACAGAAGCCUUCUCUCCCUCUCCUGCCCUCCUCUCCCUACUGUGUCAGAGGUGUCCACCCUAGGGUAAGUAGCUGGCUGGGCCAGCUGCCAGCCCACCUCCACUCCCCAGGGGGCUUCUGCCUGUGGUGUGGAGGUCAGUGCUCCCCACACACAUACUCUUUUUUGCUGGCAAGGUUCCUGAGGUCAUCACUUGGGGGCUGGCUGUCAUCAGCCCAAGCUUGUCCCAGCAGGGUACCACCUGAGGCAAUGGAAACACAGAGUUUGUUUGAAUAACAGACAAAAACGUUCCUGCAGCAGGUUAUAAACCCUGUAAACUAAUGAAGCUUGAAAACAGGCCUCGAGUACUCCCUUCCCUCCCCCUUUAGUUCUCCCUGCUCAGCAGGCUCUGCUGUGACCCAAGGCCUUGUUUGUUGAUUCAGGCUCAGCCAGGCUCCAACAAGAAAUCCUUAUCAGGAAAAUAAAAUUUUAUUUGCUUGACCUGA